AUGGACCUAUAUCUCCGGUUUCGCUCAGGCAAUGUUGGUGAGUUUAGUGAGUCAACUCCAUCUGAGAUUCAGCCAAACUCUAGUCAACUCAAUGAUAAUGCAGCAAGAGAUGACUUCCAGACCCUUCCACCACAAGUUUAUGAGAAACCACCACAGAAGGUUGCUGUCAGGAGGUACGUCUUCAACGCCUCUAAACUUCACGCUCUCAAGGCGGAAGCAGCCAACGCAAGGGUACAACAACCUACCCGCGUGGAGGCUGUCAUGGCACUCCUUUGGAAAUGCGCUAUGGACGCUUCUAGAUCAAGAUUGGGAUUGGGAUUGGGAUCAACCAAUCCAAGGAGGCCAUCUAUAUUAGUCAUAUCAACAGAUAUGCGAGAAAGUCUUGUGCCGCCAUUACCAGAGAGUUCGCUUGGAAACAUAGGACGCCCAGUAGUAGUGCACGCCGAUGAUGAGAGUGAGAACGAAAUGAACUCGUCAAACUUGGCAAGUAGCAUAAGGGAAAGUAAGCUGGAACUAAGCAAAAAUUGUGGAGUGUCGGAGAUUUGUGGGUUGUUGAUGGCGUUGGGAAAGUUGCGGAUCAGAGGAGGUGAAGUGGAUAUGUAUACACAUACAAGUUGGAGUAGGAUGCCAUUGUAUGAAGCUGAUUUUGGGUGGGGAAAGCCAACUUGGGGGACGAUUGGUCAUAUAGAAGUGCCUAAUGUUGUUUUGUUGAGUCCUUCAAGAGAUGGUGAGGGGAUUGAACCUUGGGUUACCUUGAUUGAAGAAGACAUGGCAUUUUUUGAAUGUAACAAGGACUUGCUAGACUUUGCUACUAUAAAUCCUAGUCCUCUCACCUCUCUCAACUGA